AGCGUGGCUGCAGCCAUGGCUCGCCCUUCCCGGCUCUACCUCGUCGCCUACAACUCCCUCCAGUCCCUCGGAUGGUCACUCGCCUUGUUCCGCCUCCUGGCCUGCCUCGCCCCUCCCGUCUCCGUCCACCCCGCGUACGCCAUCGCCGGCGACCUCAUCUGCUUCCUGCAGACUUGCGCUGUUCUUGAGACUGUCCAUGCCGCCGUCGGAUUGGUGCCCACCUCGCCGUUUCUCGCUUUCCUGCAAUGGGGAGGGAGGACCCACUUCGUUCUCGCCCUUCUCCGGCAAAUCCCUGAGGUUCAGGGCAGUCCGUCUGUGUUCAUAACGUUUAUGGCUUGGAGUAUAUCUGAGGUUAUCAGAUACUCCCAUUAUGCUCUUACUACAUUAAAAGUUUGUCCAGCGUGGCUGACUUAUCUCAGGUACACUGCUUUUAUCCCGUUGUAUCCGAUUGGGGUAGGACCAGGAGAAAUGUGGACUAUCUACCAAGCUCUUCCAUUCGUGAAGGAGCGGGACCUCUACUCAGGCUUCUUUGCAAAGUUCUCCAUGAGCUACCAUUCCUUUCUCGUGGGUGGUCUGCUGUGCUAUCCGCUUCUGUGGCUGAAGCUGUACCUGCAUGUGUUCAAGCAGCGCAAGUCCAAGCUGGGAAAGGUGGACAGGACGAAGAAACGGGCUUGAGAAAAAUCAGUUCAGCUCAGCUGAAAUUCAGGACGCGAGCAGAUUGUUUGGGGAUCUUGCAGUUGAGUUGAACAUCAACUUAAUGUACUACUGGCAGAUUACUGGGGGUUGUUUACCUUGGAACAGCAACUUAUUGUGUUGUAUUAGCAGACAACUAUUGAUUUCUAUCAGAUUUAGUUUGCAGGAUUGGAAUGUAGAUGCUGCACAACUCAUUAUCUAUAAGAUGUGGAUUUGGAAAGAGUUGGGCAAAUUACUUGACCACUUGUGUACCUAAGAAAAUAACUUCCUAUUCUUUCACUAUAGUUGGUAAAAGCAUACUGCUUGAAUAUAUUUCUGGGAGUUUAUAUUUCUAGAGUUACAGUAUUAAUCAA